AUGGCGAAAGACGAUGGGAAAUUAAGCGUUGCGAAGAGAGCAUACAAGACCGCGCAAGCGGAGGGGAAUCGACAAGAGGAAGCGCGAUGGGCGAACGUGAUAGGUGACAUACUGAAGAACAGAGGAGAGUACGUUGAGGCGCUCAGAUGGUUACGGAAGGAUUACGACAUCUCUGUUAGAUACUUGCCGGAGAAGGAUCUGUUGGCUACUUGCCAGUCUAUCGGGGAGCUAUACCUCCGCCUAGAGAACUUCUCUGAUGCGUUGGUUUACCAGAAAAGGCACUUUGAGCUUGCAACUGGCGCAAAAGACCUUGCCGAGCAGCAAAGAGCAAGCACCCAACUUGGUCGCUCAUACCAUGAAAUGUUCUUAAGGUCCGAGAAUGACUACUAUGCAGUUCGGAAUGCUAAAAAGUACUUCAAACUAGCGAUGAAGCUAGCUGAGACUCUGAAGGGAAAUCCACCAACUAAUAAUUCUUCUUUCAUCAAGGAGUACAUAGAUGCACAUAACAACAUUGGAAUGCUUGAAAUUGAUCUGGAGAACUUGGAAGCAGCAAAAGAUAUCCUUGACAAGGGACUAAAGAUCUGCGAUGAAGAAGAGGUGAAUGAAAAGGAUGAUGCUCGAACUCGGCUCCAUCAUAAUCUUGGGAUUGUUUAUACGGAGCUAAGAAGGUGGGAUAAAGCCCGGGACCAUAUUGAGAAAGAUAUUCUAAUAUGUCAAGCACUUGGUCAGGCCCAAGGGGAGGCAAAGGGCUUCAUCAAUCUAGGAGAACUGCACUAUAGGGUUCAAAAGUAUGAUGAUGCAAUUCUUUGCUACCAGAAGGCUCUUGAAUUAGCAAAAUCCAUGGAAGACGAAGAUGCUUUGGUGAAACAAAUUGAACAGAACAUCACAAUUGUGAGAGAAGCAAUCAAGGUAAUGGAUGAGCUGAAGACAGAAGAGCAGAAUCUUAAGAAGUUAAUCAGGGAUAUGAUCUCUGUUAGAGGCACAGCACAUGAGAGGAAGUCUUUGCUGAAGCUUAGUUCAUUACUGGAUCAUCUUAUUGAGAAGUCCAGAAUGAUCUUUGCAUGGACGAAGCAUCGUGAAUUUGCGAAACAGAAGAAGCGAGUGGCAACUCAACUCUGCGACAAAGAAAAGCUUAGUGAUGCUUUUCUGGUUUUAGGAGAGUCAUACCAGAAGAUUAGAGACUUCAACAAGGCGAAUAAAUGGUACUCAAAGAGUUUGGAGGGGUAUAAAUUGAUUGGCAAUUUGGAGGGUCAAGCAUUAGCUAAAAUAGAUAUUGGUGGUGUUCACGACUGUCAUGGUGAUUGGUCAAGUGCACUGGCUGCAUUUGAAGAAGGCUACAGGAUAGCCGUGGAAGCUAAUCUCCCUUCUGUUCAGCUUGAUGCCCUUGAGAAUAUGCAUUAUAUGCAAAUGAUGAGAUUUGAGAAUGCUGAAGAGGCAAGGAGGUUGCAACUUGAAAUUGACCACCUGAAGCAGUUGAAAGAUAGGGAGGCUGAGAAGAAACAUAGCGAUCGCUGCUCUGAGACUGACACAGAAGAAGGCGAUUGUUCAUCAGACAGUUUAUCCUCUAAGCCAUGCUCUCCAAAUGCUGGUGAAGCCUUUCCUAGAAGAUCCCUAUCUUCGGCCUCUGUGGACGAGUUGAAGGAUGACGUAACUCUGAUUACUCUACUUAAGUCCACUAAGCAACUGUCUCGGAAAAAACAUACGAAUGCGAAAAGGCUUCAUGGUUCUAAUGACCUUAUCGAAGCUUCUCCAAGAAGUUUUGCUAAAACAGCAAGCAGUCAACAGACAGUUGGGCGCAAACGUGUUCGGGUGGUCCUUUCUGAUGAUGAAGAAGUAACAAAUGAGAAGGGGGCUUGCUUGGGGAGAAAGUUGCAAACAGCUCCAGUUGAAGAUGUUGCUACAUCUGAUGAAAGCGGGAGAAAAGGCGUUGCAGUUUGUUCUUGGUUUGAAACUCGAGAUUUGUCAAUGGAUGCUUCCAAGUAUGCCACCGAUUCAUCCAACCAAGUUAAAGUUGAAGACAGUGCUUUUCCUUACAGAUCUCCGAAUCCUAAAAUGAUGAUUUGUGCUAAUCAAGUUUUGAGAUCUGUUAGUGGGGAUGAAAUAAUUCUUGGAUCUGAUUCUGCGACUAGUGGUUCUAUUUGUGGGCUUGGUGCUUCUGACAAGCUCCCGCAUGAACAAGAUGCUGCCUAUAUCAACAUGCAUGGUUCUGGCAGUAACAAUAAACGAACUAUAACAUUCAAGAUUGACAAUGACCUGAUAAAUUUCGAGGCUGGCUCAAGCUUUGCUCUCGGUGAAUUAAGCAUUGAAUCUUUGAGUAUCGAAGUGGCGUGCUUAUACUAUUUACAACUUCCUUCAGAGAAGAGAUGCAAAGGCUUGUUGCCCAUCAUUCAACACUUUCACUAUAGUGGGAACAUUCUGAAAUCAUUGGAUGAACUCGAAUCUCUCAGCAAUGAUGCAGGAAACGUCUUCAUUGAAGUUUCUGUUGAUGGAUGGGUUCAGAAGCGGCUGAUGAAACUGUACAUUGACUGCUGUGAUGAAUUAUCCGAGUCACCCAAUAUAAAUUUGCUUAAGAAGCUGUACAUUUCAGAGGUGGAGGACGAAGUUACUGCUUCAGAAUGUGGGCUGCAAGAUAUAUCUAUAGCUCCGUUAUUAAAAGCCCUGCACACACACAAGACAGUAGUCAUGUUGGAUCUUUCUCAUAACUUACUAGGAAAUGGAACGAUGGAGAAACUUCAACAAUUUUUCACAUCAAGCCAAAAGUAUGGUGAUCUAACUUUAGACCUGCACUGCAACCGAUUUGGACCUACUGCAUUGUUUCAGAUCUGUGAAUGUCCUGUCUUCUUUUCUCGGCUUGAGGUGCUCAAUAUCUCUGGUAAUCGACUCACAGAUGCAUGUGGAUCAUACCUGUCAACUAUAUUGGGAAAAUGCAAAGCUCUUUACAGUUUGAAUAUAGAACGCUGCUCCAUCACAUCUAGAACGAUUCAAAAACUUGUUGAUGCAAUACAUUGUGAUUCAGUCUUGGCACAACUUUCCAUAGGACAUAAUCCCUUAUCAGGAGCUUCCAUCACCAAUCUAUUAAGAAGACUUUUCACCUUAAAUAGCUUUGCAGAGCUGGAUAUGAGUGGUCUGAAACUAAACAAGGAAGUCAUCGACAACCUGUGUGAACUUGCAAAGCAUUCUUGUUUGACGAGUUUAAGUGUUGGGAGCACCGGCAUGGGAAAUGAAGGGGCUCUGCAGUUGACUGAUUCAUUCCCCUCCAGAUCUCGAGAAUCUUUGAAACUGGACCUAUCGUGCUGCACACUGACAUCCACAUAUGUUCACAACCUUGCAUUGAAUUUCAGCCUUGCUUGCUGUAUUAUGGAGCUGAAUCUCCAAGGAAAUUAUAUUAUGCCUGCGGGAGGAAAUGCAUUACUAUCACUUCUGAAGCAGCCUGGGUGUUGCCUUAGACUUCUGGUCCUUAACAAAUGUCAGCUGGGAUUUCCCCUUGUUCUUCAGUUGAUCCAAACCCUUGCAGAGAAUGAUCAACUGGAGGAGCUCCAUGUUGCUGAGAAUGACGAUCUGCAGAAAAAUGAAAUCUCAGCCUCAAAUAAAUCAUCGACAGACGAAAGGUUACGUGAUCACCAAGUAAACGCGGAAUGUGAUGAUGGCCUUGUAGUUGCCGACAGUGAGGACUCAACCAGAGUCGAAGCUACAGCAAGAGCUGCCGCAUCUCGUUUGGAGCUCAACGACACUUGCACAAGCUCCUGCAGGGAGAUGGCGAAUGAGAAUGAGAGCAACAACAACAACCUCCUGUCAUCAUCAAAUGAAUAUGGCAUCAUGGUCAAGCAGCUCUCGGAAGCCAUUGCUGCAGCCAAGGCAUUGCAGCUGUUGGAUUUGAGCAGGAACGGGCUGUCGACGCAAGAUGUGGAAGCACUGUACGGUUCAUGGUCGUCGAGAGUAGCGAAAGGUUCUUCAUCUCAGAAGCACGUGAAGGACCAAGUUGUCCAUUUCUCAGCUGGAACAAAGAAGUGUUGCAGGAAGCCUUGCUGCAGAAGGGAGUGA